ACUCCGCGACUGCCCUACUGCCCCGUCUUUGGUUGCGCUUGAGCCGCCCUGCCGGUGCAGGUAAAUCCGUUUCCUAUCCUGUGCUUUGUGUGCCAAAGCUCCGGGGGCUGUCCAUGCACGGCACCAUGGCUGCGUCCUCACACCGGAUCAUGCUGGGCCCGCUGGUUGCUGCAGUGGACCAGGGUACGAGCUCCACACGGUUUCUGGUGUUUAACUCGAAAACAGCAGAGCUCCUCAGCCACCACCAGGUCGAGAUCAAACAGAGCUUCCCCAAAGAAGGAUGGGUGGAGGAAGACCCCAAAGAAAUCCUGCAGUCGGUGUACGAGUGCAUGGAGCGGACUUGUGAAAAACUCACCCAGCUCAACAUCGACAUCUCAAACAUUAAAGCGAUUGGAGUGACCAACCAAAGAGAGACCACGCUUGUUUGGGACAAAGAAACCGGGGAGCCUCUCUACAAUGCGAUCGUUUGGCUGGACCUGCGGACUCAAUCAACAGUGGAACGUCUCAUCAAUAAAACUCCAGGAAGGAAUAAGAACCACCUGAAGCAUAAAACAGGGCUUCCGAUCAGCACGUACUUCAGCGCAGUGAAACUCCGCUGGCUGAUGGACAAUGUGGACGAGGUCAGGGAAGCCGUCGUCUCUCACCGCGCCAUGUUCGGCACCGUGGAUUCCUGGCUUAUAUGGUGUUUGACCGGGGGUAAGUCAGGCGGCGUCCACUGCACAGACGUGACUAACGCCAGCAGAACCAUGCUGUUCAACAUUCACACAUUGGACUGGGACCCUGAGCUGUGCAAGUAUUUUGGUAUUCCCAUGGAGAUCUUACCCAGAGUGAGGAGUUCUUCAGAGAUCUAUGGCCUCAUGAAAAUAAGUUCUAGCCUGAAAUCUGGAGCUCUUUCCGGCAUUCCCAUUUCAGGGUGUCUCGGGGAUCAGUCAGCAGCACUUGUUGGACAGAUGUGUUUUCAGGACGGGCAAGCCAAAAACACGUAUGGUACUGGCUGUUUUCUGCUGCGAAACACUGGAGCAAAGCCUGUUAUGUCCGACCACGGCCUCCUGACCACAGUGGCAUACAAACUUGGCCGGGACCAACCUGCUUGUUAUGCACUGGAGGGCUCUGUUGCCAUCGCUGGAGCUGUGGUCCGCUGGCUGCAGGACAAUCUGGGCAUCAUCGAGUCCCAUGAAGAACUUGAGAAGUUGGCUGCAUCGGUCGGUACAUCCUACGGUUGUUAUUUUGUUCCUGCAUUCUCGGGUCUUUAUGCACCUUACUGGGAGCCAAGUGCAAGAGGGAUCAUCUGUGGCCUGACGCAGUUUACUAACAAGCGUCACCUCGCGUUCGCUGCACUGGAAGCUGUUUGCUUCCAGACACGAGAGAUACUUGACGCCAUGAAUCAGGACAGCGGCAUCCCGCUGACUCAGCUGCAGGUUGAUGGAGGAAUGACGUCCAACAGGUUGCUGAUGCAGCUGCAGGCCGACAUCCUCUGCAUCCCCGUUGUGAAGCCGUCCAUGCCUGAGACCACCGCUCUGGGUGCAGCGAUGGCAGCCGGAGCAGCAGAAGGGGUGAGCGUGUGGAGUCUGAGCCCAGAGGACCUGAGUGAGGUCACCUCGGAGAAGUUUGAGCCUCAGAUCAACCCUGAAGAGAGUGAGUUUCGGUACGCGCGAUGGAAAAAGGCGGUGCAGAAAUCCAUGAACUGGGAGACCACAGAGCCUCUUGGUAACGGAAACGGUGAAUCUAGUAUCUUCAGCAGCGCCCCGCUCGGCUUCUACAUCUUUGGCAGCAUGUUGAUGUUAGUUGGUGCGAAAUACCUCGCAGGCCUCCAUUAGGUUCCAGCUCCUGGAGGCGUUGAAACAAAAAGGAAAGUAGAAAACAAACGCUCUCCACGUUGGACCGCCUCCUGUCCACUCAGUUGCACUCUUUCCCCAAACAUAAAGGCAUUCCAGGAGAAAGACACUCCUGCUGAAUCUCCCCGCUGACUGGAUAAACAAGUGACAACUCACUAAUGGGACUUUCUCCUGAUUAUCUGCCUCCUUUUUUCAUUGGAAUGCUUUUUUAUUCUGCAGGAUACAUGAACACAACGGUACAUUUUUAUUUUAGUGUGCAUGCAGUAUUUUAUUUAAUUUUUUUACAGUAUUGAUAUCAAUCUCUGAGCUAAUUUAUGGAAGCUCCAACAGUGGUUGUUCAGAUUGUCAUUAUCUCUCCACAGACGUUACAUGUAGUUUGCGGUCUUAUUUGCAUCCCUAGUGGUUCACCUGGUGGCCCAGACUCUCAACCAGGAGCUACAAUAGAACAUUUAGUGCACUUUAUAAUUGUGUUCUGUCUUGUGGAAGCAGUGUACUAACAGAGUCUAAAAUAUAUUUUUUCUAACAAGUGGAAUUAAGACACUGAAAGGUUAGUUUUAAGUUAAAUGAAAACAAGGGAAGGAUGAAAGUGAAUGAACUGGUACAUACUCUUGUACAUACUUUUUGUAAAUAAAUAGUUGGGUAAUGUGCGAUGAGGAAUUGGCAACAAUUUCUGGAUUAUUUUUGUUCACAUUGAAAAUAUGAAGACAUGUGAAUAGAGAGGAACACAAAUUAGUUUAUUUCUGUGAAUUUGGUACGUAAAUAAAUCUGUAAAACAAACAAAGAAGAACGUUAAGACCACUGAAGCAGAUGUUGGUUAUAGAUGUAAUGAAUCAAAAAAUAUAUUUCAACAAAACUUGUGAUAUCAGUUCUCUAGCCUCAUGCUGAUACCCUUUUUUUGGUGCUAAUUUUGACGCAACAUGAGAGGAAACUAAGUCUUUUUAAAAACUUGAACUGCUUUAGAAAGGUGCAUUGUUCCACGGUCUGCACAACAUCUGCUGAAUUAUGCAAAAAUCUUUGUCGAACAAAUCACAUGCAUAGCCGACAGUUAAUAAUCGAGAAAGCUUUUUCUUUUUUCUUUUUUUGCAUUAAAAUGUUCAGAGAUUGAUAUUUAUUCCUAAUAAAUGUGUUGUAUUUGACUUCUGUGAUGACCUGGAAAAUAAACAGUCAGUUUAUUUAUUUGGAUGAAGACAAGAGCAGAUAAUUAGUUUUAAGUGAUUGGUGAGUAUAGUCCAAUAAAUGUAUGAAAUAACAGAG